AUGUCGUUGGAAGAUAGGUUUGACAGAUUGACGGUGUCGCAGAGAGCUUCUGACCACAUUAAUAACCAGCUGUUAGAGAAGUAUAGUCAUAAAAUAAAAACCGAUGAACUAUCGUUUAGUAAGGCUAAAACAUCGAAGGAUAAAGCCAAUAGGGCCACUGUAGAAAACGUUCUGGACCCUAGAACUAUGAGGUUUCUGAAAUCAAUGGUCAAUAGAGGGGUUAUUGCGGAUCUGAACGGUUGCUUGAGCACCGGGAAGGAAGCUAACGUUUAUCACGCUUUCGCAGGAACUGGUAAGGCGCCCGUGAUAGAUGAAGAAACAGGUCAAUACGAAGUUUUAGAAACAGACGGGCUUCGUAAAGAAUAUGCCAUUAAAAUUUAUAAGACGUCUAUUUUGGUUUUUAAAGAUCGUGAGAGAUAUGUUGAUGGUGAAUUUAGAUUCAGAAAUUCUAGGUCCCAACAUAAUCCAAGGAAGAUGAUCAAAAUUUGGGCCGAGAAGGAAUUUAGAAAUUUGAAGAGAAUCCAUCAAAGUGGCGUAAUCCCAGCACCUAGACCGGUAGAAGUUAAGAACAAUGUCUUGGUUAUGGAAUUUUUAAGCAGAGGUAAUGGAUUUGCUUCACCUAAAUUGAGAGAUUAUCCGUACAGAGAUCGUGAAGAGAUUUUUCACUAUUAUCACACUAUGGUAGCAUAUAUGAGGCUGUUAUACCAAGUCUGUCGUCUGGUACAUGCUGAUUUGUCCGAAUAUAACACCAUCAUCCAUAAUGAUAAACUUUACAUGAUAGAUGUUUCUCAAAGUGUUGAACCUGAGCAUCCAAUGAGUUUAGAUUUUUUGAGGAUGGAUAUCAAAAACGUUAAUCUUUAUUUUGAGAAAAUGGGUGUUAGUAUUUUUCCUGAAAGAGUUAUUUUCCAGUUUGUCAUAUCAGAAUCCUUGGAAAAAUUCAAAGGUGAUUAUCAUAAUGUUAUAGAUUUGGUUGGCUACAUUGCUAAGAAUUUACCCAUAAAAUCUACCGAACAAGAUGAAGCGGAAGAUGAGAUAUUUAGAUCACUACACUUGGUUAGAUCAUUGGGCGGAUUAGAGGAAAGAGAUUUUGAUAGAUAUACAGACGGUAAAUUUGACUUGUUGAAAAGCUUGAUCGCCCAUGAUAAUGAACGCAAUUUUGCUGCUUCUGAACAAUUUGAAUUUGAUAACGCUGACCAUGAAAGUAGUUCAGAUUUGGAAGAGUCUUCAGAUGAAGAGGGUGAUAAUUCAAGUGGAGGCGAAGAAGACGAGGAGAGCGAUGAUCGAGAGUAUUAUGAGGAUGAUGAACCGAAAAUCUUGAAGGGAAAGAAAUAUGAGGACAAAGAUAUCAAAAAGUUGCGUAAGCAGGAAGCUAAAGACGCAAAAAGGGAAAAGAGGAAAACGAAGGUCAAGAAACAUAUUAAGAAAAAGUUGGUCAAGAAGACGAAAUCCAAGAAAUAA